AAAGUCCCUUCUGUUUUUCCCGGUUGCUGCUUGCAUGGCUGGAAGGGAAUUGGGUAGCCCAAAAGCAGCCCUGAUGCCUUCUCCAGCCUCUCCUCCACGUGGUGAAGUGGAAGGAGCCGCCAUGAAGCCAGCGCAGUGUUUGGUGUCCUUCGAAGAGGUGGCUGUGCAUUUCUCCAAGGGGGAGUGGAGCCUGCUGAGCUCAGCCCAGAGAUCUCUGUACAAGGAAGUCAUGCUGGAGAAUUUUGGGAACGUGGCCUCUCUGGGAACUCUGAUUGCCAAACCGGACCUCGUAUCCUGGCUGGAGGAAGAGGAGGAGCUACUUAUCGGGUUCUCUGAAGAGGAGGAGGGAGUGGCCGGUGCCUGCCUAGAUGGUGUGUGGGAGGUGGCAACUGAAUAUCCAGUGAUGGAGAGAGAACACACGUAUUCAGGUGUGGAAGAGAACAUUGAAUAUUGUGAUGCGCUGAGCACAGUGGAGGGAACAAACCUACUUAAUGAGAGGGAAAAUUGUGAUGUUUUCCAAGGUGACAAUUCUCAAGAAAUGCCACCCCUUCAGAAAAUGUCCAAAGGAGACAAUAGGGAAGAGUGCCCUGGAAGUGCAGAAGGACUUUCUGAAACAGCAGAUACAACUAUGCAUUGGAACACCCGUAAUACAAGGGGAACAUUUAAAUGCUUGGAGUGUGGAAAAACCUUUCAACGGAAAGAUAGUUUAGCUUCCCAUCACAGAAUUCACAUGGGGGAGAAACGAUAUAAAUGCCUGCAGUGUGGAAAGAGCUUCAUUGUUAGAGGAAACCUUACUGCCCACCAAAGAAUUCACACAGGGGAGAAACCAUAUAAAUGCCUGGAGUGUGGAAAAUGCUUCAAGCAGAGUGGAACCCUUUCUUCCCAUCAAAGAAUACACACAGGGGAGAAACCAUACAAAUGCCUGGAUUGUGGGAAAAGCUUCACUGAGAGUAGAAGCCUUACUCGCCAUCAAAGAAUUCACACAGGGGAGAAACCUUAUAAAUGCCUGGAAUGUGGAAAAGAAUUUCGACAGAAAAAUUCUCUAACUUCCCAUCAUAGAAUUCACACGGGGGAGAAACUAUAUAAAUGCCUGCAGUGUGGAAAAAGCUUCCGUGUCAAAGGAAGCCUUACUGUCCACCGAAGAAUUCACACAGGGGAGAUGCCAUAUAAAUGCCUGCAGUGUGGAAAAUGCUUCAAGCACAGUGGAACCCUUUCUUCCCAUCAAAGAAUGCACACAGGGGAAAAACCAUACAAAUGCCUGGAUUGUGGGAAAAGCUUCAUUCGGAGUUCAGCCCUUACUUCCCAUCAAAAAAUAAUUCACAAAGGAGAGAAACCAUACAAAUGCCUGGAUUGUGGGAAAAGCUUCAGUAAUAAUGCAAAUCUUACUCUCCAUCAAGCAAAUCACAUAGAAGUGAAAAAGUACAAAUGUCUGGAUUGUAGGAAAAGCUUCAGUCAUCAUCAAAGUCUUACUACCCACCAAAGAAUUCACACAGGGGAGAAACCAUAUAAAUGCCUGGAGUGUGGAAAAAGCUUCAGUAGUAGCGGACAACUUACUGUCCACCAAAGAAUUCACACUGGGGAGAAACCAUAUAAAUGCCUGGAUUGUGGGAAAAACUACAGACAGAGGGGAAACCUUACUACCCACCGAAGAACUCACACAGGGGAGAAACCUUAUAAAUGCCUGGAAUGUGGAAAAGCCUUUGGACGGAAAGAUACUCUAACUUCCCAUCACAGAAUUCACAUGGGGGAGAAAUCAUACAAGGGCCUGGAAUUUAGAAAAAGCUUCAGCGACAAUGGAAGCCUUAUUUUUCAUCAAAAAAACCAUGGAGGGGAUAAAAAGUAUAAAUGCACAUAGUGUGGGAAAGGCUUCAGUGAUAGUAGAUGCCUUUCUUACCAUCAAAUCAUUCACACGGGAGAAACCUUAUAAAUGUCUGGAGUGUGGGAAAAGCUUCAGUCAGAACACAAAACUUACAUUCCAUUGAAGAAUUCACACGGGAGAAACCUUAUAAAUGCCUGGAGUGUAGAAAAAGCUUCAGUGAGAGUGGAAAUUUUACUGCUCACCGAAGAAUUCAUACAGGGGAGAAACCAUAUAAAUGCCAGGAGUGUGGAAAAAGUUUCAGCUGGAGUGGAAACCUUACUACCCAUCAAAAAUUCAUGCAGGGGCAAAAAAUAUAGAUGCCUAGAGUGUGAGCAAAGCUUUAGCAGGAAGAAUUGAAUGAAUUCCCAUCAAAGAAUUCACACACAGGAGACAGCCUGAAGUAUUCAGAUAUUUUCAUUCAAAGCAGAAACCAUACUUCCCUUUAAAAUAACUCAUACUAGUGAAAAAAACUAGAGAUUUCUGUAGUGUGGAAACACAUUGCAUCAAAACAAAUUGUAUCAGAAAACUAGAAGUGAAUUCAAUUAUGUGUACUAUUGUCGAAGGCUGUAUAUGUGUACAAUAUAAUAUUCAGAAAAACUGAUUAAAUGAUUUGUAGAUUAAAACUAUAUCCCUUUUUUCUCAAAAGG